UGGCUAAAUCGUGAACAAACAACAGAAUGGAAGGGAUGGAUGCAGUUGUUUUUACUACUGUGUAAUUUUACUGGAGCAGACCAAGCUCUUCCACUAACCUUUGCAGUGCGUGCAUUUGUCUCGUCAUAUCUCUUUCUCUUCGCCUUCGGACAUUUCUCUUACUUCUGGAGCACGCAGAGCAUCAGUAUUGGGAGAUUGUUCCAGAUCAUUUUUCGCUUGAACCUGCUCACGAUCACUUUGUGUUUGGUAACGUGGAAAAGUUACACCACCCAUUUUUUUGUCCUCCUGGCUACAGGCUGGUUCCUGAUAAUUUGUGUAACCAUGGCAACCUGUGCUCGAAUGAUACAGCUUCAACUUGGUGGAAAUCGAAGUUACAAAGCUGUGUAUAUAAAACUUGUACUCUGGUUUGUUGUGAUAACUGUGGCCUGUGGAUUCGGGAUAUUAUGGAAGGCUGGAUUCGCCAUUCUGCCCGUUUCUCUCACACAACCGAAUGGGUCUGUCCCAGAAUGGAUUUGGCGUUUACAGCUGGACAGAUAUACUGUCAUAGGGGGACUGGCCUUUGCUUGUACUUACCAUUACAUAAAACAGAGGUCGUCAGUGGAUUAUCUUAAGACGGAGAACAAACACGGAAGGAAAUUGUCAAUCGGCGUGUUUUUAGUAUGCGUUAUAUGCUUAACGGUGUAUGGGUUGUCUUCCCUCAAGUGUGUAGGACAGUUGGACUGCCUUGAUGUUUAUCCUUUUGUCAGUCUGAUCCCGGUAAUCUCAUUUGUCGUGUUACGGAACCAGUUCACUUACUUCCGGUCGCGAUACAGCCCGGUCUUCGCUUGGUUUGGGAAGAUGUCUUUAGAGUUAUACAUAUCCCAAUACCACAUAUGGAUGGCCGACGACGGGCACAGCAUUUUGGUAUUGGUCCCUGGAUACCCUAUCCUGAAUUUCAUACUGACAACGUGUCUGCUCGUCUCUGUGUGUGUUGAACUGAAUAAGAUCACCAAUGCCUUGGCCAAAGUGAUACGUGACCUGUGGACAGCCGUAGUGUCGUAGAUGUCACUUCUUCAGAUGCACUGUGCUUCGUGGACAAUAAUGGUGUCAUAGAUGCCUUUUCUGCAGACCUAUUGUGACUUUUUGAAAGCGGUGGUGUUGUAGAUGGCACUUCUGUAGACCUAUUGUGACUUUUGGAAAGCCGAGGUGUCGUAGAUGUGACUCCUGCAGACCUAUUGG